UUACAGCCCUACAACAGGAUCUGAGUUUUGUUCCCUGACUCCCACUGUACAUCAGACAUGUUCGUAAAAAGUCAUGCAGGCUGCAUUGAGCAAUGUCUACCAGAACCAAAACGUGGGUGACUGUUUACCAUUUCACAGAAAAUUAACAGCUUCCGGAACACUCUGUUUUCGCAGUUUCGUGUCACAGUUGAAGCAGAAGUAGAAAAUGUACUUUUCACCCCUCCCUGAAAAAGAAGUGUUGCUGAAACUGUAUGUGAAAGGAAGGAGAAUUCUCACUACAGGACUUUUUUUAUAACCGUCGUAACAGCUGAAUGGAUGGUGUUAUUUUAUAUUAUGGGAGAAAAAUUAGCCAUGAUCUAUAAUAAGAGCUGCUCCAUAGAGUGAUGGAGGUUCGUCCUGGUACUCAAGAGCAUCCAGAUAAGGAAUAUAAGCUUGGUAAAGGAUCUGUCAGGCUGUGGAUGCACUUGGCUCUUCUCUUUAUCACCAUCGUGGCAGUUAAAGGACUUUUGAUCACAACUGCCACCUUUUUGCUGAGGGUAAAUGCUGGAGAAUCUGGAGACCUGAAGACGAACCCAGUUUGUGUGAGUGACAAGAGCAGAGACGGAGAGAAAUCACAGCUUCAUGCAGAAAUCCAGAGACUCACAGUGCUCCUGCACAACAUCACUACAGACCCUCGAUGCCAGCUUUGCCCGAAGAGAUGGCACAUGUUUAAGGGUCACUGCUACUUCAUCUCGGCAGGACUGGAGGAAGACCGCAAGUGGGCCGAGAGUUUGGAAUACUGCGUCCAGCACAACGCCAGCCUGGCCAUCAUUCAGCAUGAAGCUGAGAUGGAGUUUAUCGUCAAUCAGCUGAGCAGGUUUUCAGAGACGCCGUUUCUCUGGCUCGGCCUCACCGAUGCGCAGGUGGAAGGUGUGUGGGCGUGGCAGGAUGGAACACUGUUACAAAACCACAGGUUCAUAAAGGUGCAGUGGGACUCCGAGCACAGAGACUGCGCAGAUCUGAGAGGGGAUGGAAGUGUGUUUGCGUGUGACUGCGAGUCCUACGGGCCCUGGCUGUGUGCGAAACCCAUGGAGCCACCAGUGAUUUAAAACUUCACAGUCAGCUCCAAAAAUAAUGGCACCCUUCCAGAAAAUGAAUAUACUGUAUAUGGGUUUAUCGAAGCUAUUGUUAUUCCAAGAUGAAUUAUUUGGUGAAAGCUCCACUGGAGAGAAGAACAGUGCUGAGGAUCUUCCUGUAGUGUCGAACAACGUCGGAGACACUUGUCUUGGACACGGUCUUGGACCGUGUUGGAUUCUUAGGCUUGUAUACUGUAUGUUGAUCAAACAUAUGACGUGGAGCAAACCAGAACCGUUUCUCCGUCGCACGUUUGGACGUGUGGUCUUGUUGAAAGUUUCAUAUACGGCUAAAACGUCCUGGUACACGCCACAAAACAGACCCGGAGCUGAUCAGUGAUCAGUGAUCCACCUUCGUGUUUUCCAGUACGCUCGGCAGAUGUUCCUCACAUGCAGUCCCCUUUUGUAGUUCUAGUUCAAAUGAAGGGUGCCAAUAAUUCUGGAGGUGGCUGUAAACAUUCGCCUGUUCCGAUGAUCAUCACACUGAUAUUGUUGCCGAGUGAGCUUAGACUUGGGUUUCACGUGCACCGACGGUGAAUAACGUGUGUUCCGUGAGUGUCAGGAUAAAGCCACAUGUCAUAUAAAUGUGCUAAAGUACCGUCUUCUCUUGUGAGCUGUUCGUAAAAUGUUCUUUCAACUGUCUGAGAUGAAAGAAAUCCUGAAAUCAUCUCGGUGUCUCAAUCCCAUGAUUUCUUUCUGGACACCAGAUUCGCUUAGGUCAGCUUGAAGACGUGUUCGAUGAGACUUUACGUCCAUGUGAAAAGAAGUGAAGAGGUGGUUUCUUUUUUGCCUUUUUUUAAAAAAAUUUUUUUUAAAGUCAUUUUAUUAAAUUUGUAUAGUCUUUACAUGUAUAUAUCUUUAUUAUAUAUGUCAUUCUGACUGCAUUAAUCGAUGGGGAAAAAAUAUAUUCUUAAAAUAUAUCCACAAUAUGCAUUAAGAAAAUGAAGAACCUAAAGAGGCUGAAGAGGCUGAAGAACCUGAAGAGGCUGAAGAACCUGAAGAGGCUGAAGAACCUGAAGAACCUGAAGAGGCUGAAGAACCUGAAGAGGCAGAAGAACCUAAAGAGGCUGAAGAACCUGAAGAGCCUGAAGAACCUGAAGAGGCUGAAGA